UUUUUUUCCUUUUCAGCCCAAAAAAGACAGUGCGAAGAAGUUACGCGUUGAGUUACGAGCUCGUUUGCUGCUGGGACUGGUGGAAAAUCCCGGAAAAUUCGGUAGUCUUUGUUAAGAAAUUGCUGCAACCCUAGAUUUAAUCAUGUCUACGGAAAUUGUUACCCCGCCGCCUGCUGUUUGGGCCCAGCGAAACGACGUGCUUUACUUGACGUUGAACGUGGAGUGCCCUAAUCCGGACUUCAAGUUCACAGAGGACACGAUGUACUUCAAGGGCGUCGGGCUGCCGGAAAAGAAGACGCACGAGGUGACGAUCAACUUCUACAGCAAAAUCAACCCGGACAAGAUCAUUAGCAAAAACACCAGCCGGUGCAUCGAGUUCGUCAUCUCGAAGGCGGACACGAAGGCGUCGUACUGGCCAAAGCUGACGAACGACAAAACCAAACCGCACUGGCUCAAAGUUGACUUCAACCGGUGGAAGGAUGAGGGUUCGGACGAUGAAAGAGAGGAAGGCGAUAACGCAAUGUCGCUGGACGAUAUGCUGCGAACGGCAAACGACAACAAGCUUUCGUUCGACGACCUCGACGAGGACCAGGAUGACUCGGACGACGAGGCGAUGCCGGGCUUAACGGAGGACAAGGACGAAGAGAAGAAGUAAGCGGCGCCAGAACAAAAACUCUACCGCCCGUUCGUCCGGGGCUCCCUGUUCGGUGCGAAAUUUGCGUUCCUUCGUUUCGAUUGCGAGCGACGGCGGUGGCGGUGGCGGUAGGGCAGCGAGAGAAACAGAAGACAACAGUCAAAACAUAACCAUUGAAUUGUCAAACUUUUAUUUAAGACGUAAGAGGGAUAAGAAACAGCAUAAAACGCAGAACAUAAAACAAAACAACAAAACUAGGCGGUUAAGGAGUGGAAUUCAUUAAAUUACUACACUACUAUUACUACUAGGGCCAAGAAUUAAUAAAAAGGUGGGUGAAACUUGGAAAGAGCCGCCUUGAAACGCGCAUUCAAAAUGGAACAGUAGAGAGGAGAAAAAGAAGAUCCGUUUCGAAUCUUGCAGUUUUUUAUUCGUUCGAGCAUUUGCAUUCGUUUAUUUUCCGUUUUAUCGAUUAGAAUGAAAAUAAACAUACGAACAAUAA